UAUUUGAAAAGAAGUGAUCAAGCAUCUGAAUUAAAAAGUAUUAAAAAGGAAAUGAGAGAUCAAACAUCUGAAUUAGAAAGUGUUGAACCAGAAAUAAGAGAUCAAGCAUCCAAAUUGAAAAGUAUUAAAAUGAAAAUAGAAAAUCAUGCAUCUGAAUUAGAAAGCAUUAAAACAGAAAUAAGAAUCAAAUUGGAAUAA